CUCAAACCAAACCCAUUCCUCUCUACGGCGUAAACGGCCAGCCUGCAAUUCUACCACCCAUCGGCCUUUAAAAUGGAUAUAGGCCUAAGAUACGUUUCUAGAAGCUUUCUUGCUAUCCUUUAGCAAUCUUUUUUAUUUUAUUUAUUUGUUGUUUCUUUUUUGGUCUUUCUUUUUUUCGGGGUGUGAGAGCGGGAGAGGAAGUCCGUGGUUAUUGGCCUUCUCACCUCCCAGCUGAGUGAAGGAAUGUUGCCAAUAUCCAAUAGGAAACACUCCAGAAACAACCUAGCGAUAUAUUGGCCUUCUUUGACCUGUUCCCAUUGGCGGCAGACAGGCCUCGGUCACGGCAGGGAUUCGUGCUCUGUGAAAUUGGUGGCUAUGUGGGUUGGGUAACUUGUUAAUGAACCCCAUGCCAAGUUCCUUAUUCCAACUAGCGAAUCCCUUGUGGACGGGAUAAUCAAUGAGGGGCACGGGGUAUCGAUCUCAAUGUGCUCUGAAAAGUACUAGAUACAAGAGUAAUUAUCUUUGCUAAAAACAGCUUUACGAGCUGAUGCCCAAUUUACUCACCCUUGAGUAACCGAGUUAAGAAGCAAAGUCAUUCAGGGAGCCAGAAUGAGCCGGAUUUUAAAGAUCACCUUUGAAGCUCACUGGCUCUAAAUCAAUAGACAGGGCUACUCCUAGUGUUGGAUCCCGGGCAUUGCCUUGCCAGCGAGAUGUCCUACAAAUAGAAUUCUAACUUCUACUAUGCCAUUUUUGGCUAAGUAAUAUUGACUCAGUUCAAGUUCCAAGGCGGUAUUGUCACAUUACGACGCUAGUCCGAGCCCUGGGCCUACUCUCGAAACUCAGGUCUUGCAAGCCACAAAAUUACCUAUGUGCACGCAAGGCUGCACUAGAAACAACUGAUCUAAUAUCCACUACGUCCGUAGCGUGGGCACGCGGGACCCCUGCGUUUGCAACGGUUGGCCGGCCUCCGGGGGGGUAGUCAAGCUGUGAUCCUGCGGAGGAUCGUUUAAAGUUGGGACUGGCCUCUCCUGGAGGUCAAGAAAUUGAUAAAUACCCCCCAUGCACCGGUAGCAGUCCUCUCCUUCAAAUUGGCCAGUAUCCGAUCAUAAAUUGUACACAUCCACCUCUUCUGCCUGUUCGUUCUCCUAUUUUUUAUUUUGCUGUAUAUCUAUUCCACAUUUGAUCCUGAGCGAUAUCCUACCCCUCAAAUUUAAUGUCAACACUCUCAGCCGUCAUGAAUCGGAGUGCGGCCUAUCCCUAUACUCCUUCCCAACCUGCGCCGCAGUCGAGGUUUAAUUCUAGUCAUGGAACUAGCAGUGCUUUCAGUGCCAGCGCACAUCCCAACGAGGAUUGGACAAAGAUAUCCGAUCUCGCUGAGCGACGGCGUAUUCAAAAUCGAAUUGCUCAACGAAACUACCGCAAGAAGCUAAAGCGACGCCUUGAGGAUUUGGAAAGAAGAGCCACUUCUUCGUCUGCAUCUCCAGAGCAAUCGCACAAGGAGCUCAGUCUCCCAGCUACAUCAAAAUCGAAGAAGUCCAAGUCCCCUUCACGGCGGGCUGCCACCAUAGAAAAAGCCAAAGCCAAAGAUGACCAGAAGGCGCCAACGAAGAUGGUUCUGACUCAGCCACUCUCUUCUUAUCAAGGCGAGCAGCGAGCCAGCAUGUUCUCCGAUCCAUCAACGAGGCAGUUGUCUGCCUCUCCUCCACUUGCUUUCGCCACCCACUACCAAGCGUGCUCUCCAAACUACAGCUACCCACAAUAUCCCCAAGAAUCGACAUACCACCCUGCUCCGAUCCCAACCUCCGAACUUCCACCCUCAGGUUACUAUAUCCAGCCACUAUCUUCGCACCCGCCCCCUGCUCAGGAACUGGUUUACCCAGAAGAUGAUCCGCUCACGCCAUUUGGUAUGAAUUAUGCUUCGAUGGCUGGGUUCGACAUCCCUGCCACCUCUGCUCCGUACCAAGAUCCAAACUCCCUUGUAAGUCGGAACUAGUGCCCAAGGGUUGAACUUCUUCCCACCCACACGAGAACAAAGAGAAAGAAAAGAAACAUAAGAAGCUCACGGUUUUCGGAUUCAAGACGCCUCCCCCUUUACAAUCAGGCCCAUAUAGUCGAUCGAACACUGCUUCUCCAAGCAACCCAGUGCAUAGGCAUCCAAGGACUCCUCAGCACUUGAUGGCUUCACCGCUGUUGUCCUUUAUCUAGGCGACAAAUUCGGGAGAAAAGAAUAUACGAUAUAGGGGCCCGGCAGGAUGAACGCGCUAGGUGAUUUUCUAUCCCGAUUUUUUAUUUUAUUUUUCGAAUUUUAUUUUAUUUUGAAUUUACACUUCUUGUAACUGUAUAUAGCGGUGGAUUCCUUCUUUGACUUUGUUUACGGUGUUACAUGAGCGUAUAUGUAACCCCUCUUGACGAAUUGCAAGAGUCUCUUUUUGUUUUGUUUUUAAUAUUGGUCACGGCUUUUCUUUUUCUACUUCCUUUUUUUCAAAGCAUAUGAAACGGAUUGGUGGCAAAAUAAGGGGCGAUUGCGUGCAAGUUUCUAUGAGGAGGUUGGAAAUGGAGACCAACUCCUGGCGUUCAUUUCUCUUCUGGCUUAUCAACCAUACGAUCAACCCAACAAACAAGACAUUACAGCGUAAAUACUUGUUGGAUACCGAUUCUAUACGUGUACAUAACAUAUAAUAAUAAUAGACUUCCUGUAACGAGCAGUAUUUUUUUAUUAUUCUUUUUUAACUAGCGAAAUCAUCAGGUUUACCUUUAUUUAUGUUUUUUGGCUUUGCUCGCCCUUCGGAACGGACUUCGAGUCCGCUCGCCAAGAAACAGGCGAAACGGGGGCCGCAGCGCGGUCUUGGCUGGAGGCGCGAGUAGCUAGCAAUACGCGGGAACGGGGGUGGGUUGCAGCGUAUCAAUUAUCGGAACACCUUGUGGUUUUUGUCAUAGUUAGUUUUUGGCUUGGUAUCGCGUCAUUCAUGUCCGUUGAGAGGAGAGGUUUGACAGAUAUUUCCCCCUUUCAAGUUCCUUCCGUAUUUUACCGGAUAUCAAAC